AUGAUGUGCAAUAGCAAGAGUUUGCUCCCGGCUGCUUUGAUGUCACUGCUGCUACUCCACCUCUGCAGCAAGUCAGAAGCAGCAAGCAACUUUGACUGCUGCCUCAAAUAUACAGAAAAAAUCCUUCAUCCCAAAUUUAUCGUGGGCUUCACACAGCAGCUGGCCAAUGAAGCUUGUGACAUCAAUGCAGUCAUCUUAUACACAAAGAGAAAAUUAGCUGUGUGUGCAGAUCCAAAGAAGUAUUGGGUGAAACAAGCAGUGCAUAUCCUCAGUCAAAGAGUCAAGAAGAUAUAA